AGGAAGUUUGGCCUUGGCUGAUUCCGUAAAGGAGGAAGAGGCCCGAGAGCGGCUGCGGCGAUGGAUGUUACCCAGCCCAAGCAGGAGCAUCUCUUGGCCCUGAAAGGUCCUGUUUUCUUCUGAACUGCACAGCACAUGGCAUGAAAAUAUUCUUUUAAGUGAUUAUAUCAUUAGUGAUGAAGCUGCUGUCCAAGAAACAUUUGAAAUAAGAACAUGUGGAUUCCUGUUGUACAAGCAUGGAGGUGAUUCUGCACUAUCGAGCAUGGCAAAGGGACCCUGCAGCAUUGCAAAGAAUCACAGAAGAGGCACUGAAAGAAUUUCCUGUUAGGAAUCUCCCAAGUUUCAUACCCUGGUUUCCAAAUGACUUGCGCCAACUUCCCCUCAAACCUAAAAGAAUCGCUCCAGUUAUUUCUGGUGAAGAAGUAGAGCAAAUGAAACAACAUAUUGCAGCCAUAGAAACUGUUUGCAGCUCCCCAUCUUAUGACUGUACAGCAGGGCUUAAGGAAUUUCAUCCUGAUGUAAAAGCUGGGAAGUGUUUGCAAGCUGAGCAUGAAAGAAACAAUUUUAGCAAUUUGGAAAAGCAAGCAGCAAGCCACAAGCAGAAGCCGAGAAGGUCUUGGAGUGUGUCUCUUCCCAACUCUAAGCUCAAAGACAAGAUUCUUCCUUUAUCUAGAGAACUGCAGGGCACUUUAGACAAAUUAAAGCUCCAUGCAUUCUAUAGAGCACAGUGGAUAAUUGAACCAUCUACAUUUGGUAGUCAAACAUUGGAGGACAUUUGGGUAAAGCUCAACAAGAUGAUCAAACACAAUGAACUGCCAUCUUGUAACGCUACGAUCCAGAGAUGUGAAGGACAGAUUUCAGUUUUCUGUGACAUACUGUACUGUGAAUAUGUUGCCAACAAUCUUAGAGAAAAAUUAAACCUUUUGGGGAAAAUAAAUUUGUUUGUUCACAAAUAUGGAAUCAUACAUAGUUUGUAGCUUUAUAACAAGGCAUUACAACUUU